GUGCAUCAUUCAAGGCGUCAACUUUCACUUCCGUGACAGAUAAACUUUUAAAAAUUCGUGUUGACUGACCAUAGUCCACGGAUUUUUCCCCAAAAGCCAAAUAUAAAAGCCUAAAUUAAGAAACCAUCAUGACUGAGAAACACAGCUUCGGUGUGGAACCUAUCAGCUGUCACUCAUUUAGCCAAAACCGUCAGCAGCUGGCCAUCUCGCAUAACGAUAAUGAUGUGAACAUCUACAGCAAGAGUGGGAAAUUUUGGGCAGUUUCUGGCAAACUGAAGGAGCAUGGGCAACGGGUCACUGGAAUUGACUGGGCCCCUAAGACCAAUGUCAUCGUCACUUGUGCUGCGGAUCGUAAUGCCUAUGUUUGGAAGCUGGUGAAGGAUGAGUGGGUGCCUACUCUUGUUAUUCUGAGAAUCAACCGAGCUGCUACCUGUGUUCGCUGGUCCCCGCAAGAGAACAAGUUUGCGGUGGGUAGCGGUGCUCGGCUGAUCUCCAUCUGUUACUUUGAGGAGGAGAACAAUUGGUGGGUGAGCAAGCACAUCAAGAAGCCCAUCCGCUCCACCAUCACCAGUCUGGACUGGCAUCCCAACAAUAUUCUGAUAGCUGCCAGCUCGACUGACUUCAAGGCCAGAGUAUUCUCUGCUUAUGUGAAGGAGGUUGAGCCAAAACCCUCGUCAACCAGCUGGGGACCCAAGAUGACCUUUGGUAACUUGAUGAAGGAAUUCUCCUCUGGAGGAGGUGGCUGGGUGCAUUGUGUGUCGUUCUCUGACUCUGGUGAGAAGCUUGCCUGGGUCGGACAUGACUCCAGUAUCGCCAUUGUGGAUGCUGCUAAUGACUGCGCACUCUCAGUCAUCAAGGGAAACUUCCUGCCGUUCUAUGGAAUCACCUGGAUUACAGAGAACAGCAUGGUAGCUGUGGGUUUUGAUUGCUCCCCAAAGCUGUUCAGCCAUGCAGGCGGUGAGAUCAAGUUUGUGCACGACCUUGACGUCCCCAAGCAGGCUGAUGAAAGCAAGAUGACUGCCAUGAGUCGCUUCAAGAACCUGGACAAGAAAGGAACAGCUGGUGGCGACACGUUGACCACACUCAAGACUCAGCACCAGAACACAAUCAUGCAAGUGUCCGUGUAUGAGGGAUCAAAGGCCAAGACAACCAAGAUUGCAACUUCUGGCAUCGACGGGCAGCUCAUUAUUUGGGACCUGAAGACUCUGGAGAGCUCCAUGGCCGGCCUGAAGAUAGCCUAAAUUCGGAACCUAAGGCCACAACAGUUAGGCUGAGACAGUUAUGCCGCGAUAGUUAGAAAGCUGAAAUAUAAAUGUUGACUAAACAUGCCAUUUAACCUCCCUUAAUAUCUAUCAUCUACUUUCUUAUUUCAUGUUAUAUGUUGGUGCAAUGUUUUCAGACAUUAUUUCAUGUUUGUGAUUGUGUAAAGACACCUUUUUUGUAAUUGACUUUUACAUUUAACAUCAUGUUUUCUAUGCAAAAAUUUCUUUGAACAGGAUAACCAUUUUUGCAUUCCAUUCUUAUUAUAUGAACAAAUUUAUGUAAUAAAAAUAAAUUGGGAAUGAAAGGGGAAUAAAACAUCUGGACCAGGUUUCAUAAAGAAAACCAAAGUCCACUAACCGGCUAAGCUAAGACUGUACAGCAAUUGGAUUGGUUCGUUGUUGUGUCUAUAUAUUCAGAUUAUUGGAUUUCAAGCAGGAAAAUAAUUUUUCAUCUUAAAAAUGUGUGAAACUGGCACCCAAACUUUU